CGAAACACACAGGCACGCCUGGAGAAGAGUAGUCCAGAGGAAAUGUCCGCAGCCGAGAAGGGAGCGACCGGCGGCGGUGACAACCCGCCCUCGGCCCCCGGGUCCACAGCCCCGUCCCAGCGUGUGCGUCCCAGCCCGAAAUAUGAAGUCAAAGGGACGUCGUGCGGCGUGGCAUGUCUCAAGUACCUCCUCUUCGUCGUCAACGUCAUCGUCUGGCUCCUGGGGCUGGCGGUCGUCGUCGUGGCUGGAGUCACACUGGCCAGCGGCAAGACGAGCGAUGCUUCCCUCACGGGCGUUCAGAGCGUGCAGCAAGCGGCCGGCACGGCCAUGUUUCUCGGAUGCCUGCUCCUGAUCGUCGGCUUCCUAGGCUGUUGCGGAGCCAUCAAGGAGUCCUACCUGCUGCUCGCGGCGUACUUCGGGGUCCUGCUGGUGAUCCUCGUCUUCGAGAUCGUCGCCAUCGCCCUCGCCUUCUCUUUCGUGAGCAGUUUGUCGAUGGAACAAUCGCUGAACGACCACUUCGUAGACGUCAUUUCCGGAGGACGCAGGGAAAAGGAGCCAUGGAAGCAGGAAGAGGACUUGAACGUCAUCUACUUCGUGCAAGGCCAGCUGCGCUGCUGUGGAGGCAAAGGACCCGAGGACUACGCUGAACGACACCUGCCCAUACCACCGAGUUGCUACGACAACUACGACACGCAAAGAACGUACAUCUACCAGCGGGGCUGCGUCGCAGCGCUCAAGGAGUACGUCCGGAAGAACGGGCUCAGCAUUGGCCUCGUCAACUUAUUCGGCGUUUUCGCUGAGAUCGCCGCUAUGGUCGGCGCCUGUAUGCUCAUGCAACACUUCAAGAGCGCAAAGAAGGCUGGCAAGAACACCACCCAAGCCUAGCCAGAUAUCCGCCGCCGCGGUGACACUGCCAUUACGUUUUCUUUCUUUUCUGCGCCCGCAUUUCAUUAAUCCGUUCAUCGCAUUUCAAAAGAUAAUUGUAAUAAAAUGUUGCUCCAUUC